CACUUGCAUAUUUAAUGCUCGUGUAGUCUAAUUGCUCGGUGUAGUCAGUCAGUGGACCAUCUUACCUGGCCUCACCUCUAUCCCUUCUUACUACCAAGAGAUUCUCGGGUAAUAUCAAUCUCGAUUCCGUCGUCCAUCAUGCGUUUCAACGCAGCUAUCACUGGCGCCCUCGUCUCCUCGGCCACUUUGAUGGGCCAAGCUCAUGCUGAGGAGACUGAGAAGAAGGCCGACGCUUCUUCGCUCGUGGAAAAGCCUACCUUCACCCCUACUACCAUUGAAGCUCCCUUCCUCGAGCAAUUCACCGCCGAUUGGGACUCGAGAUGGACUCCCUCUCACGCCAAGAAGGAGGACUCCAAGGCGGAGGAGGAUUGGGCCUACGUCGGUGAAUGGGCUGUCGAGGAACCUACCGUGCUCAACGGCAUGGUUGGCGACAAGGGUCUGGUUGUCAAGAACGUCGCAGCUCACCAUGCCAUCUCUGCGAAGUUCCCCAAGAAGAUCGACAACAAGGGCAAGACUCUGGUUGUCCAGUACGAGGUCAAGCCACAAAACUCCCUUGUUUGCGGUGGUGCCUACAUGAAGCUCCUCCAGGAGAACAAGAAGCUCCACGCCGAGGAGUUCUCCAACGCUACUCCCUACGUGAUCAUGUUCGGUCCCGACAAGUGUGGUGCUACCAACAAGGUUCACUUCAUCUUCCGUCACAAGAACCCCAAGACCGGCGAGUACGAGGAGAAGCACAUGACCGCGCCUCCUGCCGCUCGUACCUCCAAGCUCACCUCGUUGUACACUUUGAUCGUCAAGCCCGAUCAGUCCUUCCAGAUCCUGAUUGACGGCGAGGCUGUCAAGAACGAAAGAGAUCGACGACCCAAGGACAAGAAGCCCGCCGAUUGGGUCGACGAAGCCAAGAUCGCCGACCCGGAGGCCAAGAAGCCUGACGACUGGGAUGAAGACGCUCCAUAUGAGAUCGUGGAUGAGGAGGCGACUAUGCCCGAGGACUGGCUAGAGGACGAGCCCACCAGCAUUCCUGACCCCGAGGCCGAGAAGCCUGAGGACUGGGAUGACGAGGAGGACGGUGACUGGGUUCCUCCCACUGUUCCUAACCCCAAGUGCAACGAAGUCUCCGGAUGUGGCCCCUGGACUCCUCCCAUGAAGAAGAACCCCGCCUAUAAGGGCAAGUGGACCGCUCCUUUGAUUGACAACCCUGCCUACAAGGGCAUCUGGAAGCCUCGCAAGAUCCCCAACCCCGCCUACUUCGAGGACAAGACUCCUUCUAACUUCGAGCCUAUGGGCGCUGUUGGUUUCGAGAUCUGGACCAUGCAGAACGACAUUCUUUUCGACAACAUCUACAUUGGUCACUCCGUUGAAGAUGCUGAGAAGCUCCGCAAGGAGACCUUUGACCUCAAGCACCCCGUUGAAGUCGCUCUGGAGGAAGCCUCCAAGCCCAAGCCCGAGGAGAAGGCUGCCACUCCCAGCGUCAGCUUCAAGGAGGCCCCAGUGACAUACGUUCGUGAGAAGGUCGACUACUUCGUGGGUCUUGCCAAGCAAGAUCCCAUCAACGCUGUCAAGCAAGUUCCUGAGGUCGCCGGUGGUCUGGGAGCUCUCCUUCUGACCAUGAUCCUCAUCAUUGUGGGCGCUGUUGGAGCCAGCAGCCCUGCCCCUGCCGCCGCCGCUAAGAAGGGCAAGGAGGCCGCCUCUGCCGCCAAGGAGAAGGCCAGCGAAGCCGUCAGCUCUGCGGCCGACACUGCCAAGGGCGCAGCUACCAAGCGUAACACCCGGUCGUCUGCCCAGUAAAGCAGAUGUGCCGAUGCUUGGGGAGGAGACAGGGGAUAAUAAACCAUCAAGCCAAACGCUUAAGAAUGGGAAAAGAAGACGUUGAAGAUCCCAAUUUUAUAUUUAUUGCAGCGUUCAAAUUAUCGUUGUACUCUGAUAUCCUUGGUUGUUCAUGGUAGGUAAGGCAAGACUUCUUGAGAGAAGAUGGCCACCUGUGACGAGAUAUGAGAACAAAAGAAGACCAUUGCCAACUUCCGAAGGGGUGGUAGAUGCGAUGGAUUCUGUAAACUAGUAUUCAAUUUGAGAUGGCAAAUUUCAUCAGAUCUCAGGUCUUAGCCAUAGUGGGCCUUCAAGAUGCCACAUUAUCCGUGCUACAAGUAAUACAAACGGACCCUCGA